UGCGGGUUCUGAAACCUCGCUCUGAGGAAGUGUGAGGGGCUCCGCACGUGGGGCGGGGGCAGUGAGCCGGGAGGACGGGUGAGGGUGUUGGGUUCAAUGUCUCGCGCGUGGGGCUGACGUGUUCUCUUUGGGUUUUGAGCGGGGGAUAAAUCAGUGUGGUUAUUGGUCUUGGGAAGAAUUCCACUGCAGGGGGCCGGCGCCAGCGUGAGUGGAAGCCUAACCGAUGGUACCUCAGAGGGCGAGUAGGAGGGUCUUGAAGGCGCCGCUCGGACAGUGACAAUAUGAACCUCUUACCCAAAAGCUGCCAGGAGUUCGGCUCCGUUGACUAUUGGGAGAAGUUCUUCCAGCAGCGAGGAAGGAGAGCUUUCGAGUGGUAUGGAAGCUACCUGGAGCUGUGCGGGGUGCUGCACAAAUACAUCAAACCCAGAGAGAAGGUGCUGGUGAUUGGGUGCGGUAACUCAGAGCUAAGUGAACAGCUGUAUGAUGUGGGCUAUCAGGAUAUAGUGAACAUCGACAUCAGUGAGGUGGUCAUCAAGCAGAUGAAGGAACGCAAUGCCAGCCGACGGCCCCAGAUGAGCUUCUUGAAGAUGGACAUGACACAGAUGGAGUUUCCUGAUGCUUCGUUCCAGGUGGUGUUGGACAAGGGCACCCUGGACGCUGUCCUGACAGAUGAGGAGGAGAAGACCCUGCACCAAGUGGACAGGAUGCUGGCUGAGGUUGGCCGUGUCCUGCAGGUGGGCGGUCGCUACCUCUGCAUCUCCCUGGCUCAGGCUCACAUCCUGAAGAAAGCAGUGGGUCACUUCUCCCGGGAGGGGUGGAUGGUGAGGGUGCACCAGGUGGCCAACAGCCAGGACCAGGUGUUGGAAGCAGAGCCUCGGUUCUCCCUACCUGUCUUUGCCUUCAUCAUGACCAAGUUCAGGCCAGUCCCUGGCUCUGCCCUUCAGAUCUUUGAGCUAUGUGCUCAGGAGCAGGGCAAGCCUGUGCGGCUGGAGAGUGCCGAGCGGCUGGCCGAGGCGGUGCGGGAGCGGCAGCAGUAUGCCUGGCUGUGCAGCCAGCUGUACCGCAAGGCCGGGCUGGGGAGUGUUUCUCUGGACUUGUGCGAUGGGGACACGGGGGAGCCACGCUACACACUCCACGUGGUGGACAGCCCCACUGUGAAACCAUCGCGGGACAAUCAUUUUGCCAUUUUCAUCAUCCCCCAGGGUCGUGAGACUGAGUGGCUCUUUGGCAUGGAGGAGGGUCGGAAGCAGCUGGCGGCCAGUGCAGGCUUCAGGAGGCUGAUCACAGUGGCCCUCCACCGAGGCCAGCGGUACGAAGGCAUGGACAGCAUUCAGGCUGAGCUGUCAGCCAGAGUCAUGGAGUUGGCUCCUGCCGGGAUGCCCGCCCAACAGCAGGUGCCAUUUCUGUCUGUGGGUGGGGACAUCGGGGUCCGGACCGUUCAGCACCAAGACUGCAGUCCCUUGAGUGGCAGCUAUGUGGUCGAGGACGUGCAGGGGGAUGACAAGCACUACUUCCGACGGCUGAUCUUCCUCAGCAACAGGAAUGUGGUGCAGUCAGAAGCCAGGUUGCUGAAGGAUGUGUCUCACAGAGCCCAGAAGAAACGGAAAAAGGACAGGAAGAAGCAGCGGCCUGCUGAUGCUCCAGAGGACCUCCCCACAGCCCCAGGGCAGUCCAUUGACAAGAGUUACCUGUGCUGUGAACACCACAAAGCAAUGAUUGCGGGCCUUGCCCUGCUCAGAAACCCGGAGCUGCUCCUAGAGACCCCACUGGCAUUGUUGGUGGUAGGCCUGGGUGGGGGCAGCCUCCCCCUGUUUGUCCACGAUCAUUUCCCGAAGUCCUGCGUUGAUGCUGUGGAGAUCGACCCCUCCAUGUUGGAAGUGGCCACCCAGUGGUUUGGCUUCUCCCAGAGUGACCGGAUGAAGGUCCAUAUUGCAGAUGGACUGGACUAUAUUACCAGCCUGGCGGGAAGAGAAGCACGGCCCCGCUACAAUGCCGUCAUGUUUGAUGUCGACAGUAAGGACCCAACACUGGGAAUGAGUUGUCCACCACCAGCUUUUGUGGACCAGCCUUUCCUGCAGAAGGUCAAAAGCAUCUUGACUCCUGAAGGUGUCUUUAUCCUCAACCUUGUGUGCCGGGACUUGGGGCUGAAGGACUCAGUGCUGACUGGGCUCAAAGCAGUCUUCCCUCUCCUGUAUGUCCGGCGAAUUGAGGGUGAAGUAAAUGAGAUCCUGUUCUGUCAGCUGCACCCGGAGCAAAAAGUUGCCACGCCAGAGCUCUUGGAAAUGGCCCAGGCCUUGGAGCAGACCCUGAGGAAGCCUGGGAAGGGUUGGGAUGACACAUAUAUACUGUCAGAUAUGCUCAAGACCGUGAAGAUUGUGUGACUGCUGGGCUGGGAAUCUGCACUGCUUCCUGCCACACUGACCUUGGGCUCCUAGCCUUCCAGAGAUUGAAGAAUUAUAAUGCACAAUAUUUUUUAAGCCUCAUAUUUUUCUUGGUUUCAUACUCAGCUGCAUGCGACCUCCAGCUUAGUGAGGUUGCCUGAAGAUCUGGGGAAAUAAAAAAUGUCCUCCCAUCCUGUCUUCUUUAGUACCACUUGGGUUGAUUCUCUGUGCUUCUUAUGCUGUGUCCUUGAAUAGGAUUCCCAGCUGGAGCCCCUGACAGAUGCUGAUGCCUUAAAGACUAUACACCAAGCUCCUUAGGAUGGAAGACAAUCAAAUUUGAUCGCUGGUUUGCUUUCACUUUAUCUUCCUAUUGGUUCUGUAGGAAUGAUCUCAAGUGAGGUAGCAUAGCAUUCUGUGCCAAAAGACUGUAAAGAGAGUAGGAUAUCCAUAGACGUGAGUCAGAUUUGAGAGAACAUCUAAUCCACUCUGUCUCCCUCCAGAUGGAACUGCUGUUGACAUGAUCCCAAGUUUUAAGAACCUGCUAACCCACUUUAACAACUUUCUUCAGCUACCCAAACCUUGUAGCCUAAGCUCUUUGUUCUGGUCUCUGUGGAAGGGAUGGGUGUAAGUGGCCCCAUAACUGCAUGUCGGAGACAGCCAACUAACGUCUCCAGUAUCAGUUUACUCUCCUUCAUUGACUGACAGCUACGUGUGGGAACCAUCGUAAAGACUGUGGUGGAUGUAAAGAUGGUUAAGAAUGGCCAGAAAACAUGGAUUAGUAAUAAAAAUGAACAUGUUCCAGUAACUUUAAGUGAUUUACAUACGCUAUCUCAUUUAAUGAAAUAAAGGAACGUUAAACCAAAACUACAUCUAACCUCAAAUCUCAUUUGAGCCAGCAGCAUCAAUCCUGUCUAUUAAAACUGUAAAACCAGCAGUUCACAGAUUGGCUUGAAUUUCAUCUCCUUAUUAUGCCAAAGCUGACUUAAUGAGCAAUGCCAUGGAAAAGAAACAAGUUGUCACCAUCCACCACCCCAGCUUACUUUACAGGCCCUUUCAAAUGGACUCUUAACCUCUUGAGGCGAAGCAUAUUUUAAAGGUAGGGUGUCAUCCUUACAAAAUUGUGUCAGCCCAUUGAGGAGAAAGGAUAUAAGGACAGAGUAGGGUUUUUGGAUUUUAUCCAUUACAAAGACUUGGUGUGUUCCUUAAGGGAGGAUCUUCCCCUGGAGCCAUGGAAAGGGAAGGCUAUGUCUUGUCAUGCCCCUGUACCUCAAAGGGCCUCAGUUUGGGAAUCCUCAAUUGUCUUCUAAUCUGUAAGCUCAUGCAGUGUUAGGACAGGUGUUAGAGGACCAGGGUCUGAGUCAGAAGAUCUACUCUGACUGCCCUUCUGUCCUCUCACUCUCUUAAGCUGCUGACUUUGGAAUAGCACAUUUGGGUGGCACAGCCAAGCUAGGGAUUUGUCAGAAUGAAGAUGAAGUCCCAACUAUAUCUUAGAGUUGUCCAGGGAAUUAGGCUUAUUGGAAAGAAGCCUUUGGAAGUGGGAAGAGGCUGGCAGGGGUAAUGGUAGUUGUGUUCAAAAUUUUGGAAGUCUGUGGGUAUGAAAGAAGAGUGAAGUUGAUUGUGUGUCUCCAAAGACUGAAGGAAGGCCAGUGGACAGAAAUUACAGUUGGGCAGCUUUCUGCUUCAUUUCCUACAAAGAGAUUUGUACCAACUUUGCUCACUGGAAUACAUGGUGACUCAGGGCAUUUACUCAGAUGCUGGUCUUUGCUCCCCUUGGUGCCCUCCCUCAGUUGUGAGGAAAGGGUUUUCUGUGUUCAGGCCAUGCCCUUGGCCUGUAUCCCAUCUUUCCCAGUGGAGAACUGUUCCCUCUUUUGGGGGUGGGGAGUGGGGAUGAGUUUCCAUUUUCUUUUUAUUUCUUUUUUAUUGAGAUAUAAUUGACAAAACAUUUAGUUUCAGGAGUACAACAUAAUGAUUCGUUAUUUGUAUGUAUUAUGAAAAGAUCACAAUAAGUCUAGUUAACAUCUAAGAGCGGUUCACUUUUGUAUUGAUGACUUGCAAAUGGGUAUUUAUGAGAAUUUUGUCUAACUUUAGGCAUAGGAAUUGUGAAGGAGGGGGAAUCUUGUGAACUCAAAUACCUUCCAGACUAGGCAAGUAACAUAAAUGUGUGAAGUGAGCAGGCAUGAAACAAAGAGGUUAGGAUGAAGCCUGCAGCAAACCAGAGAAUAAGGACUCCCAUCAAAAGGCAGCAGCUGAGAGCUGUCCUGCAGAAGUGCUGUCCCAGCAAAGCUAGGUCUUUGAAGAAAAGCCAGAAAUCCUGAAUGUUUGUGUGUGACUAAAAAUAUUGGCCAGUCAAAAAGUAUCUUCAAGGGACGCCUGGGUGGCUCAGUCAGUUAAUGUCUGCCUUCUGCUCAGGUCAUGAUCCCAGGGUCCUGGAAUCGAGUCCCAUGUCCAGCUGCUUGCUCAGCAGGGAGCCUGCUUCUCCCUCUGCCUGCAGUUCCCCCUGCUUAUGUGCUCUCUCUGACAAAUAAAUAAAAUCUUAAAAAAGUAUCUUCAAGCCAUAAUCAACCUGUGGGCAGGUAAUUUGCAUCUUCCACCAUGGGGGGAAAGCUCCAGAGCACUUGAGAAUCUGGCAUACACCCAGGCUCUGAGUGAACAUAAAACAAGGAGGAAGCUGUUAGCUACCGGUCCCCAAAGUCUGCUAAAGCCCCAUCUUGUGAAAUGACCUACGUUUUCUUCAAUGGCUGCUCCAGCGUGGAGGUAGUCCCACCAUCCUUGGGAUAGUGUACGGUUUAACCUCCCAGGACUCUCAGAGGCUGAGGGAUGAUAAAUCAUAUGACAAGCCCCUCCUACUGCAAGACAAGUUCUGCAACAAUGUAAAAUUGGUGAGGCUAGCUGUUGCCCCUUUCUCCACCCUCCCCCAACACUCCAGUUUUUCAGUGUGCCUCCAAUCUUCCAUCAUGGCUCAGCUUGCUAACUGAGCCAUUUCUUGAGUCCAUCUUAUGGGUAGACCUGUAGUUCUCAGCUUCACAUUGGAGUCAUCUGAUAUGGUAAUAAUGGCCUGACAUGCCCUAAUCUUGGUAACCUGUGAAUAUGUUACAUUACAUGGCAAAGGGGAAUUAAUGUAGCAGAUGGAUUUGAUAUUGUAAAUCAGCUGGCUUUAAGAUAGGAGAUUAUUCUUGAUAAUCUGGGUGGGCCCAACACAAUCACAAGGGUCUUGAAAUGUGGGAGGAGGGGGCAGAAAAGUCAAUGUCAGAGUGACCUAAUAUGAGCAAGAUUCCACUGAUGGUUGCUGGCUUUGACGAUUUAAAGAGCUCUUCACUUCGGCUCAGGUCAUGAUCCUGGAGUCCUGGGAUCGAGUCCCGCAUCAGGCUCCCUGCUUGGCGGGGUUCUGCUUCUCCCUCUGACCCUCCCCUCUCUCAUGUGCUCUCUCUCAUUCUCUCUCAAAUAAAUAAAAUGUUAAAAAAAUAAAGAACUCUUCGGCCUUUAGAACCUGGAAAAGGUGAGAGAACUGAUUCUCCCCUAGAGCCUCCAAUAAGGAAUGCAAAUCUGCCAACGUCUUGAUUUUAGCCCAGUGAGACCUCUUUUGGACUUCUGCGCUAUAGACAUAAAAGAUAAUAAAUGUGUUUUGUUUUAAGCCAUGAAGUCCAUGGCAAAUCCUUACAGCGGUAAUAGAAAACUAACAUACCUGGGGAAUUUUUUUGUGUGUGAUAAGAACUUUUAAGAUCUCUUAAUAACUUUCAAAUAUGCAGUAUAGUAUUUUUUUUUAAAGAUUUUUUAUUUAUUUUGACAGAGACACAGCGA